GCGGCUAUGUGUUGAUACUUCCUGGUUCUGCUUCACGGGAAAGUUUCGGGCAAAUGUACUGUCGUCUUCUAACCAUCUCCUGCGUCCUUGAACAUGUCCGGUACGACGUCUAGGUUACCCUCCCUGUGAAAGAGAAUUUAGAAGGAACAUACAUGAGUCCAAAGAUACCAAUAACCACAGUGAUAUAAAGAAGAGAAGGAAUUACUAGAUUAUUAUAUUGCCAUAUAUAUGGGCUAACACUUUUUAAAAAAAUGGGGUGUGUACCAGGAAAACCCAAAAAGACGGCUUCAGAAUUGGAUGUCUCUGCCAGUAAAGGCUCUCAGUCUGCAGAAGUCUCACGUAGUGAUCCCACACGCUAUUCCAAGGAUCCAACCAAUCCUUCCCAAGCUGGAGGUGUCAGUCCCACAGAGGUCCAAGUCUCAGUGCCUCCAGAAGUCAACAGAUCUUUCUCUGGGGGAGGAAAAGUAGUCCGUGCAUUGUAUGAUUAUGCAGCCAGAACAGAUGAUGACCUUACAUUUGCCAAGGGGGAUAAACUACAAAUUGUUACAGACACAGAUGGUGAUUGGUGGAUAGCUCUGCACAUGACCACUCAUCAACAGGGUUACAUUCCAAGUAACUAUGUGGCAGUUGAAGAUACCUUAGACUCUCAUGAUUGGUAUAUCAAAUGUGGUCGCAAAGAUGCUGAACGGUAUUUAAAAGAGAGUGGGACACAAAGGGGGAUGUUCUUGAUCCGUGAGAGUGAGAGUCAAGCAGGUGCUUAUGUUUUGUCUGUCACAGACUGGGAUGAAGUAAAGAAGUACAAUGUCAAGCACUAUAAGAUAAGAAAUCUGGAUAAUGGUGGCUUUUACAUUACAACUAGAACCACAUUCAACAGUUUGACAGAACUUGUAGAUCAUUAUAAAGUUCGUGCAGAUGGGUUGUGCUAUCAUCUUACAUCACCAUGUAAAAAACCUGCACCACAGAUGUGGGACCUUUCCCCAGAGACAAAAGACAAGUGGGAAAUCCCCAGAAACCAGCUGGAGCUGGUGCAGAAACUGGGCAGUGGGCAGUUUGGAGAGGUCUGGAAGGGGAUGUGGAAUAAUACCACUCCAGUGGCCAUCAAAACCUUAAAAAAAGGCACCAUGUCACCAGCUGCAUUCCUUGAGGAGGCCCAGUUUAUGAAGAAGCUGCGCCAUGACAAGCUGGUUCAGCUUCUGGCUGUGUGCUCAGAGGAGGAACCCAUAUAUAUUGUGACAGAGCUGAUGUCUAAAGGAGCCCUGCUGCAGUAUCUGAGAGAUGACCAUGGCACCACCCUCAAAUUACCACAGUUGGUGGACAUGGCAGCCCAGAUUGCCAGUGGCAUGGCGUAUUUGGAGCGUGAGAAGUACAUCCACCGUGAUCUGGCAGCCAGGAACAUCUUGGUGGGAGACCAGAAUGUGGUGAAGGUGGCUGACUUUGGACUGGCCAGGAUUAUUGAAGAUGAUGAGUACAAUGCUAGACAAGGCUCCAAAUUCCCCAUCAAGUGGACUGCCCCAGAAGCUGCCUUAUAUGGCAAAUUUACCAUCAAGUCUGACGUGUGGAGUUAUGGUAUAUUGCUAGUGGAGCUUGUAACAUAUGGUCAGAUCCCAUAUCCUGGUAUGAGUAACAGAGAUGUCCUAGAUCAAAUUGAGCGAGGCUACCGUAUGCCCAAGCCACCAAAAUGCCCAGACAGCCUGUAUGAAACCAUGCUGCUGUGCUGGAAAUCUAAUGAAGAGGAAAGACCUACAUUUGAGUUCCUGCAGGGCCAUUUUGAUGACUACUUCAUCUCCACUGAGCCCAGCUACAAGGAAGCUGACAAUGACUAGAUGCCUCAAUGAUUCAUUUUAUUAAAAAUGUCAAAGACUUGCCCUUAAUGAUCCUUAAAAACUGAUGAAAGAUACAGGACCAUACUGGAAACCUUUGAAUUCAGAUGGAUGAACGUUCAUGUCAAGAUCAUGAUACUUUGCAAGAUAUUCAAUUCACUAGAUUACUAUCCCUCUAGGGAAAACAACAAUUAGCUUAUUACUUUUUGAUUGUGUUGUGUUUUUUUAAUUGACAUGUAACAACAAACUCCACUGGUUACAGACCAGUCAUUGUGAUAGCCACUCGUGCCUGAGUGAAUUUGACAAACAUAGUAUUAUACAUGUUCAAUGCCACUAGUUCCCACUGAAAUUAUGUUCAAGUAAUUUGACUUUACCCUUGUCAAAUAGCCUGCAAUGCUGAGUACUGCUGGUUACUUACCUCUUCAGUAAAUGGCAUAGGAAUUAUGGAACCCAUUUCACAUGGAUCCUUACUACAUUACAAAUGCUUAAUAUUUAUUAGACUUGCUUAGCUAAGCCUGUUAAAAAUCUAAGAUGUCUCGAGGCAUUUUAAAAGCCCCUUACCUCAUUUCUUUGGUCUUUUAAAACUAAACCCAAGACCAGGAUCUGAUUGCCUUAACACUGAUUUCUACUCACUUUGACAAUUGUAUGUUUCUUUAUUGAGAAAACUAUGUUCAAGUAGGCAUAUUGUUUGUAAAUGGCUGAAAGACAGCUAUUGCAUUGUAAACCUUACAUAGUUGGUUGAGUUAUUGAAGGUUAGCUAAGCCCACUUACAUGGGCACACAAUACCACACAUUUUGAUUCAGUCGGCAUUUUUAAGUCCCCUAAUUUUCAAAAUCUAAUAAAGUGUUUAGUUGUUAAUUAGAUGUGUAUAUAAAAUCUGAGUAGUUUUUCAGUGUACUAUUUAAUGUCAGCUGGACUGAAUGCUAAAUUCUUGUUGAAAUUCCCAAAAUAUUGCUGUGCAAGGCAUACUUUUCUAGAUUCUUGUGCAAUGAAAAUAUUUUCCAUGAUUUCAAUUACGAUGUAGGUGUAUUUUACCAAUAUUCAGUUUUACAAUCAUUUUUGAUUUUUUUAGUUCAAGUGUGAUUCUACACUUUUAAUCUUUUAUGCAUUGUCUACUGUAAUUGCAAACCCUUAAUUAAUGUUGGAAAAUGUCAAUAUACUUUUUUUGAUUCUUCAUCUCUGUUUCUUACUAUAGUCAGCAUUGAUUUGAAGCUUUUGAGAUGUGUAACAAAUACAUCUGUGUCAACUCUUGAAAUACAUGACUUGUACUGCAGAAGUAGAAGAACAAAUUAUAUUAAGUUUUGAUAGCUAAUCCCAGAUUUUAUGUUAAUCAGGUUGUUUUAUAUCAACUGUUAUUAAAUCAGAAUUAGAUUCUUUGGCAACAGAAGUAAAGAAAUAUGCCCAGUAUAUUCAUUAUAUGUCAGUGAUUUGUUAAAGAUCGGAUAACUGUUUUAAUCAGUAUAUGUUUAAAGCUUUGGAAGAUCCAGAAGGUAAUUAUAUAAGUGGACUGUGACAGAAGUGGACUCCCCCCCCUCCCCCAAGUACGUGCUAUAAUGUGUAGGGGAAGUAAGGAGGAGGGUACAUAUUUGAUCCAUCUUAAGUAUUAAAAUGGUCAUAUGAAAUAUACAAAUUCAAAUGUAAAGAAUAUAUAUAUAUAUAUAUAUAUAUAUAUAUAUAUAUAUAUAUAUAUAUAAUAAGUGCACUACAGAUAUAAUUACCUUGAGAAAAAAAUCAAAUUUAAGGCUUAUUUAAAGGCAAAAUUUUCUAUAAAUUGCUUAUACAUAACUCAUCGCCUUUUACAGAAGCAUUUGAUUGCACCAGUAGUUAAAAAUUAUAAUUUUGUAGACUGGGCCUUAAAAACAAAUGCACCAUAUUUUUGUGCUUCCAACAUUAUUAUUUAAAUUGUAAAUCUAAUUUAGCAUUUUUUUAAGUGUUUAGUAGAUUAGUCUAUUGCGAAGCUUGUUUUAUAGAAACAUUCCAAGCUCUAAACCAAAAAUUUUUCUAUGUGGUUAUAAUUAUUGUUAACCAUUUUGAAUAGACAGAUUACAUUAUUGGUUAUUUUGACAGAUUUUGGGUCUACAGAGGAGUAAGUGGACUGAUUUAGGGAGUCUUUGAGAUUUCAUUUCAUAAUUAAUAGUGUAAUUUUGCCUUCCUUUUAGGAAUCUGUACAUUAAGUUGGAGAUUCUGAAGUUGCAAACUUUCUUACAAAUGUUCUAUAUAUACUAAGUUUUUGCAUUCUGCAGUAUUCUGUGCAGUUUACUGACAAUCUUUAUUAACUCUUAGUGACUUCUACAGUCCUCCAACAAAGACCAUCUUAUGUCAGCAUUUCAUAUUUGUUAAUUAAACAACUGUACCUUAUGAAAUAAAAUGUUAAAAUAUGA